AUGGCUGAACAUAAACUACUUUGGUUACUGCUAGUGUAUGUUACGGUUCAUUGUUGCUCAGCAUCGAAUUUUAGAACUGCCCGUCAGACAGCACCAAGCAUCUUCACCCUCGGCAACGGUGAGCAGUGUCUCGGAACAGACAGGUCUACCGGCGGAGUGUGUCUAUCCAGGAGCCAAUGCAACACGCAGGGGGGUAAAGCUAUUGGCUUCUGUGGGGUAUUCGGAACAUGCUGCUCACUGAACGCAUGUGACAUCCGCACAAACACCAAGGUAGCUUUGUUCAUAAAUCCUCCCCUCAACCGGGAGUCCUCUGGCCUGGAGUGUUCCUACAACGUAGAGAUCAACAAUAACAAUGUAUGCCAGAUGAGGAUUGACUUCGAAACCUUCAACCUUGCGCCACCCACCACUGUGGAACCGGUAGAAAAUGUAACCCAGCGGCCUGGUUACACGUGUAGGAACGAUAUCUUCGAGAUUGCCAAUUUGCAGGCUAACUCCGACUUGCUACCGCCACUGUGUGGUGACAAUAAUGGACAGCACUUAUACGUUCGUGUGAACGCCUCGACCAAUAGCCGCGCCAUCCGCAUCAACUUCAAGAUAGCCGACCGAAACUCGCAGCCGAAUCUACCUCAAGCCACCUGGAAGAUCAAGGUCACACAGCUGGAGUGCUUUAAUACCCUGGGUAAAUACCGCGACGGGAUCUUCGAAGCCAUUACGUCAUCACUUCCCUCCACGCCGUUAGCUAGCUCAGCAGACCGUGACGAGUAUCUUAUUGCUCCUCCUGGCUGCCUCCAGUACUACCCUGACCGAGCUGGAUACUUUGAAUCCUUCAAUUACAACCGAGGCGCUGGACCAUAUAUUGCCAAUCUCGUCUAUGCUACCUGUUUUAGAAGAACAUCUGAUGUUUGCGGUGUCAAGUUAACAUCAGCGUCAUUCGACGUUGCCAGCAGAGAUAAUGGCAACUUAUACCUGGACACGGAUUGUGAAGUCAAUCCUGUGACCCAAGGUUUACCACAAUCCGAAGACUACUUGUUCAUUCCUCAAGCUUCGACCGCUGACGGUUUGAGGGGAUCUAAAUUCUGUGGUUCCAGUGCUAGUAAUCAGAUUAUUGCAUCGGUACCUCCAGGACCCUUGUACGUACACUUCCACAGUGACAACUUAGUGACAGAUGAAGUCAACGAAUCAGGCUACAGGUUCUCCUACAACGUGCUGAAUAACUGCUACCUGAAGGGUUCAUUCUAG